CCAUGGGAAACACACUAUUGAAGCUAUUCAGCUCGUCCAUGUAUAAAACGGAAAUCAAGGCCUAGGUGGAAGGAACAUUGGAUCUAGUACUCCUGCGAAUUAUAUCAUAACGCCACCCGCAGUCCCAAGAAUUUACCUGCUAAAUGAAAGCUAACGUCAUGAUGAACCGCGCUCUUUCCAUCCGCACCAAGAACAAAUCUACCCCCUCAAAGGGCCAUGGUCGUGGUCGUGGGUUUUCUUUCCUCUCCCUGCGCGAGUCCGUUCAGCCUGAGCUCUCUCGCAAGCUGUUCCGUCUGAUCAAGCUCGAGAAUGAUCUCAUUCACACACACGAGGCUGCGGGUCGCGAGCGUACGGCCAUCGCCACGCAGCUCUCCGAAUGGGGUGAGCAGACCAGCGAUGAGGCAGUCAACGACAUUUCCGACAAGAUUGGCGUUAUCCUAAGUGAGAUGGGUGGAUUGGAGGAAACGUACGUUAAUUCGCUGGACUUGUCGCGCACUCAUCUCAAGAUGAUCCGCGACACCGAGAGGAGCGUUCAACCAAGCCGCGAUGGAAAGAGCAAGCUUUACGACGAGUUCCAGAAGCUCAAGGCGAAGGAGCCUCAGAGUGCCAGGCUAGUCUUGCUAGAGCAGGAGCUUGUUAGAGCAGAGGCCGAGAAUCUAGUCGCCGAGGCGCAGUUGACAAACGUUACUCGGCAAAGGCUCAAAGAAGCAUACGAUGUCGAGUUCAGCGCAAUCAUAGAACGCGCCGAGAAGCAAAUCAUUUUGGCCAAGCAUGGUCGUCGUCUCCUGGAGCUUCUAGACGAUAAGGCGCUGUCGCCGGGAGAUGUUCGCAUGCCCUAUGAAAACGGCGCUCAGGCUCGUCAGGUGCUGAACGAUGCUGAAGAUGAUCUCAAGGAAUGGCAACCAGAGCACCACCACAAGGCUGUAAGCGAAAACGGAUCAGAGACAUCCAAGGGCAAGAGUCCGGUCGAACCAAGUGCUUAGGCAGUGCUGUGAGAUGAAGCCGGGGGUCACGACUUUGUAUGACUUUGACUCGGGAAAAUGCUUUUAUUUGUGUCUUCUUCCC